AUGGAAACUCCAGACAAUAAGGUUUCCAGGCUUAAAAAUUUUGCUGCUAUAAAUACCAAUUUCCAUAAAGGUUCAGAGGCUAGUUUGUCCGCAGAAAUAGGUUCUGGUAAUCAUGAUUUAUUAAAUGAUCCAAAUCUAAUCGAAGACUAUUCAGAUAUUGUAAAGCAUAAGAUUGACACCGAAGGUAGUGUCAGCGGUAGUGUUGUGAUUACUCCAACUUCUAAUGCUUCUCCUUUAAAAAUGUUAAGUGAUCAAGUAGCUCAACAAAUGCUAGUUGAAAAUGAUUUAAAGGAAGAAACUCAAGAAGAUUUUGAUGAUUUGGCAAAUACAUAUAACUAUUCUGAUUCUGAUUUCGAAGAUAACUUAGAGAAGAGAUUAAAAGACAUGGAUAUAAAUAAUAGUGAUUACGAUGGUAAUGUAGGUGAAGAAAUUCCGCUUGACUUUGAUUCACCUAAUAUUAAUGAUAAUGGACAAGAUAUCAGUUCAUCAGAAUAUGAUUUCGAUAUUAACAACGGUGAUCAAGAACCUCUUGAUAUUGAAGUUAAAAAAGUAAACGCUAAUACAUACGCAAAUAAUGAUGACGAUGAUAGCGCAAGUGAUACUGGGGAAGUAGAGUUAGAAAUUACAGAAGAUGAUAGCUACGAACAAUUGCCGCCUCCUAAAGAAUUAGACCCAGAGAAGCUUUACGCCCUUUAUACAUUUGAUGGACCAGACCCUUCCCAUUGUAAAUUAGAACAAGAUGAAGCAUGUGUUUUGUUGAAUGAUCAAGAUUCAUAUUGGUGGUUAGUUAGAAAAUGCAAAGACAACAAAAUUGGCUUUGCACCUGCUGAAAUUUUAGAAACGUUUCCAGAAAGAUUAGCAAGAUUAAAUUGUUGGAAAAAUGAAAAUAUGACGGUUGAAGGAGACACUAACGUCUCGGUUAAUGACUCUAUCGAUCUAUCUAAUGGUCAAUUAUCAGAUAGUGAUAAAAAUGAUUCAAAGCUUUAUAAGACUUCUGAUAAGUCUAAAUCCGUUAGCUUUAGCAAUGUGAUCAACUAUGCAGAAAGAAUAAUUGAACAAACUACUAUAGACGGUGACGUUAUGGAUGAAGAAGAUGGUAAUGCUGAAAACAUUACAUCUCGCGAUAAAUACUCCGAAGGUAAUAUUAACGACUUGGAUGAUGAUAUGACUGAUGUAGUCAGUGAUGUCUCCUUUGCAACAGGGCCUUUGACACCAUUGAAUAUUCGUAAGACCAGAGAAACGAAAACAGUGCAUGAUUCGAAUAGUAAAAGAUUAGAUGUAAUAUCAGCCAAGUAUAAAUUUAAUAAAGUCGAUGAAAUUGAAAAAACUGAAAGUGGUUUUGUUAAUGAUGAUGAACAACUGCAUAAAAUAUUUGAAGCACCCACUUUGCCUUUCAAUAAUAAUAAAUUACAUAAAUCAAAUUCAGAUUACUCGAUAUCAACGAUAGGCGAAUACUCUCCCUCAUCAUCGGAGAUGACAAAUGAUUCUCCUAAAAUAACUGACAAUGAAUUCAAGACAGACACAUCAAGAUUGCCAUCUUCAAAAGCUAUCAAGGGUAUAUCUGGUCUAGUCGAUGGAGAUGAAGAUGAAAAUGAUAAAGAGGAGGGGGGAGAAGAAGACAGAGAAGGAGAAAUGACUCCGACAUCUCCAAAAGCAUCACAAGCAUCAGAUGAUUUAAAUGAGACUAAUGUAUCGAAUGCUAAUAUUGCCGAUAUAAGUAAAGAUAAAGGUUCCAACACCAAUAUCAACAAUUCAUCAACAAAUGUUUCGUAUAUAGAUGACUUUUACAUGGAAUCAGAAAAAAUACCAUCAACUAUUAGUAUUAGUAGCACCUAUUCGCCUUCUAACUCGUCCCCAAGUCAUAAAUCUGAUAAAAAUAAUCAACAUCCACUAAUUGAGAAUUUAUAUAACCCAAUUUUUAAUAAAAUGGAUGCAUUGUUGAAAUUGAUAGACGAUAUUGAGCAAUAA